AAUUCGAUAUUCAAAUGCUAUUGUGUUUAAUGUAAGGUUGCAGAGUAAACAACAGUGACGUGUCACAGGAAGUUUGCACUACUACAAAAACCGGUCCCAGGGACUGCUAUCCUCAUAUGCCUAUCUUGUUCUUUGUGUGCAAUAAGCCUUUGUACAAUAUCACUCGAUUAGCAUUUCAUGUGUCACACUACAACAGGGCAGUGUGCAUUUCAUAACGUACUUCCAGCUGGUACAAACCCCGGCCAUUACUGCAAGUAACGCAAUCGAAAUCAUAAGCUAAACUACUGAAGCAACUGAAGUUGGGGUUGUAUACGUGGUACAGUGGGAUCCAAAAUGCCCGUUCUUCAGAAUAUGAUGUGGUAUCUAGACGUUCGCACGGUGUUGCUGUGCGUGGUUGUCGUUCUGGUUCUUCGCUGGUUUUGGGGGCGACCUAAGAACCUCCCUCCUGGCCCCUGGGGGUUCCCACUCAUCGGUUCCGUUCCGGCCAUUGUACGUGAGAUACGACGAGGUGUGGAACCCCACGAUCUCUUCAUGAGGUAUGCUGCCAAGUACGGGCCCGUGUUUCGUCUGAAAGUCUUCAACAAGACAGUGGUGGUUCUCAAUGACUACAACUCCGUGAAGGAAGCUUUCCAGCAUCCUCAAUUGAACGACAGACCGAAGGUGCUCUUGGCCGAGCUCUUCAAAAGCGAAGGUGUGGCAAUGGCAUCUGGUGAAAAAUGGGUCGAGCUUCGUCGCUUCUGCCUGACCGUCCUCAGGAGCUUCGGAGUGGGCAAAACGAGCUUCGAGGAGAAGAUCGGCACCGAAGCUGAGGAACUGAUGAAGGAGAUGUCUGCUUACAACGGGAAGCCCUUUGACCCCAAACCGCUGCUCAUCAACGCAAUAUCCAACGUCAUCUGCUCUGUCAUUUUUGGGAAGCGCUACGAAUAUACAGACGGAGAUUUCAAGAAUCUUCUGUCUAUGUUGGGAGAAAAUGUCAAGUUGUUUGGAUCUGGCGGUGUAAUGCUUUUCUUCCCAGCUCUGCGUCAUCUUCCAUUCAUGUCGACCGACAAGUUGGAAUCGAAUGUUAAGGCUAUAGUGACAUUCCUAAUAAACGUCAUCGACAACCAUCGUGCCGGCUUCGACCCCGAAAAUUUGGACGAUUUCAUCGAUGUAUACCUGAUGGAAAUUAGGAACAACCAAGCGAAUGACAAGGCCGGUGCCAAACAUGGUCAUCUUACCGAGCACACUUUUACUGGAACCAUAGCAAAUCUCUUCGCGGCUGGUUCUGAGACUACGGCCACAACACUCCAGUGGGCCCUCCUGUACAUGGCUGUUUACCCCGAUAUCCAGCAGCGAGUCCAGGCCGAGAUCGACGCCGUGGUCGGUCGCAACCGGCUGCCCAGGAUGGCCGACAAACCGGAGCUGAACUUCACCCGAGCCGUCAUCUGGGAGGUUCAACGCAUGACAACUAUCGCUCCCUUGGGUGUCCCGCAUGCUGCUGCGUCAGACACCCAGUUCCAUGAUUUCUUGAUUCCUAAAGGUGCAUUCCUUGUCCCCAACUUGUGGGCAGUAGCCCAUGACCCCAAGGUAUGGUCCGAUCCCGAUCAGUUCCAACCCGAGAGAUUCCUAAACGACAAGGGAGAGGCAGUUCAGGCAGAUGAGUUGAUACCGUUUAGCGUUGGUCGUCGGAGCUGCAUCGGUGAGCACCUGGCUAAGAUGGAGUUGCUUAUCUUCUUCAGCUUCUUCCUGCAUCAGUUUACCUUCAAGAAACCAGACAACUCACCUCCACUAGCUUUGAAGGGACGGGGUGGGUUUACCUACUCGCCAAGGGAGUUUAACAUCUGUGCAGCCAAGCGUGAUUGAACAGUUUAUCAAAUUUGACAGAUUUCGAGGAGCGUUGUGAUUAUGCAACGUUUGUACAAGGGUACAAGCAAUUCCUCGUGCUGUUGGGCGGGAACUAUAAUUUUUGAAGUUCAAAUUUGAUAAUCAUACCCAUCUAACCAGCAGUUUUGAACUAAUCAAUAACAAGCAAAAUAAAGACAGACGUCUGUCUCAGUGAGAAGGGUUAGACAUUACCAUCCCAGGGACUGAUGUGGAUCAAGGUGUAUGAAGUGGAGGCUGGGAGCGAGGUUGCGAGACAUCCCGAUACACUUAUUAUUAAUAAGAAAUAACGGAAUACGGUGGCCCAUUAUGGACUCUGUUUCUACCACCAAUUGGCAGUUCGUCAUUCAAACAGUUUAAUAGUAGACGAGAAGAAACUGCCAGUUUAAGAAGUUCAAAAUUAAUUUAUGUAUACUUCGAUUGUUUAUCCAACGCGGCUUAACUAAUAAACUAUGGGAUUUUUUUUCUUCAAAAUGGCUUGAUAUUUUCUCUCACGGUGGGGGCAUUGAAUUUGCUUGUUUGGUAUUUUAAUACUUAUUAGUAUAAUACCAAGGUGUUUGCUAAAGAUUUACAUCACCAGUCUUUAUGUAUCGUCGUUUUUGUUGACAAAUUUGAAUAUUCAUUGUAGAUUAAUUUUCUUUCAACCACGCAAACCUUGGAAAUAGUCUAGGUAAACAAUCCAUAUCAGUUUCGGGGAUUUCAUGCCCUAAUGGCCCUUUAGUAAAUGGCAAUAUUUGUGUCAUACAUCUCUCCAUUGUACUCACUUCGUAUUCAAGUUCCCGCCAUCUUCAAACAUGCUUUUCACGAAAUCAUCAGGUUACGCCAUAACACCGCGGGCAGCCACCAGAGACCCGCUCGCGAGCUGGGCAAUGGUGGUUGACACCGGGCGGGUAUGGCGUACAUUCUUGACAUUUGAUCCAAAAUAGAGAUAUCUCGAUUAAUGACAGGGAUAUAGAGGUAUUCCUGUUAGGAACAGAGAUAUCUUCAUAAAUAAUAAAGAUAUCUAUAUUAUUAAUAGUGAUAUCUCUAUUAUUUAUAGAGAUAUCUCUAUAAAAACAGAGAUAUCUAUAUUAAUAAUAGACAUAUCUCUAUUUUGGAUUAAAUAUCAAGUAUGCACGCCAUAGGCGGGGCAGACACGAGGAUCGCGUGAUGGCUAAUCAAACGGGUACGGAUUUUUUUAAAGGGAAAUUGUAAAAUGGUCUGAUUCCCAUCUCGUGAAUACGAAGUCACAAUGAGUUGAUACCGUUUAGCGUUGGUCGUCGGAGCUGCAUCGGUGAGCAUCUGGCCUAUGCGUUAUCAAGCGUGAAUAAAUAGGCUACAUGUGCA